GAAGGGAGAACCCAAGGAGAGAGCUUUGGCCGUGGUUGGGUAAGCCAGAGGGUCUGCGAAAAAUGAGUGGAUGGCCCAAUGCAGACGCGGACGCAAGAGCCUAUUUUAGGUGUUAUAUUCCGGCUUCAAAGCGCGGAUCGGCAGCGACUGCUGUAUUUUAUGCAUGGGGUUUGUAAGGAAGGAGAUAACUGUCGCUACUCGCAUGACCUCUCUGACAGUCCGUAUGGUGUAGUGUGCAAGUAUUUUCAACGUGGGUACUGUAUUUAUGGAGACCGCUGCAGAUAUGAACAUAGCAAGCCAUUGAAACAGGAAGAAGCGACUGCUACAGAUCUAAUUGCAAAACCUACCCUUGCUGCUUCCUCAAGUCUCUCAUCCGUGGUUGGACCGCUUGUCGAAAUGAAUACAGGCGAAGCUGAGUCAAGAAAUUCAAACUAUCCAACAGUAGGAGCAGGUUCAGAGGACUGGGUGAAUGCCAUUGAGUUUGUUCCUGGGCAGCCCUACUGUGGACGUACUGCCCCUUCCUGCACUGAAGCACCCCUGCAGGGCUCAGUGACCAAGGAAGAAUCAGAGAAAGAGCAAACUGCAGUGGAAACUAAGAAGCAGCUUUGCCCCUAUGCUGCAGUGGGAGAGUGCCGCUAUGGGGAGAACUGUGUGUAUCUCCACGGAGACUCGUGUGACAUGUGUGGGCUGCAAGUCCUCCACCCGAUGGAUGCAGCCCAGAGGUCACAGCACAUCAAAGUAAGUCUUCAGGGAGACGCCUGUGUUUUCAGGUGUAAGAAGCUGUAUUUGCCCUUUCACAAUGUCAGUUCAUUUUAGAAAAGUGUUUGAUGA